UUUAUCUGUUAUCGUCAACGGGAAAGGGCUCUUGUGGUCACCAGGCGUGAGAUUAAACUAAUGGCUCAAGGACUCGCUCCAAGUCUCCAGAAUUACUCUUUUUCAUUACUGCACUAUUGGGACUUCCACUUGAAUUUUUUAACAAAGAGAAAGAGACUUGAAAUUCGCCGAAGGAUUCAUCAUUGACGAAUCGGUGCUUCGGUAGAUGUUCGAGAUGUCUUGCUUCUCCUCCCUUCUAAAGUGGAAAUGAUUUAAACGAAAUCAUAUCAGCGCUUGGUGUUGCCCAGUGUUCGCGACGGAGACACGGCUGGUAUGAAUCUCACCAAGAUCAUGCAUGAUCUGAUCUCCGACUUCACCUAAUUGCCACCGACAUUACUUCCAUCGAGAUCUCCUUUAAUUUCGAUGUUGGUUGGUCAACAUCAACUCGCUAAGGGUCAUGGAGUACAUGGAAAAUAUUGAACCAUCUGGAGCAUCAACAGCUCGCGUAUUGUGCUGUCGUUGUGGUACAGUGAUAGAACCGAAUCCUUCGAACAUGUGUGUCGCGUGUUUGAGGACCGAAGUCGACAUCACUGAAGGAAUUCCUAAACAAGCAACUGUACAUUUCUGCAGAGGAUGUGAGAGAUAUCUUCAGCCACCGAAUGAGUGGAUAUCAGCUGCCUUGGAGUCCAGAGAGUUAUUAUCCUUAUGUCUAAAGAAGUUGAAGGGAUUGCAAAGAGUUAAACUCAUUGAUGCUGGCUUUGUCUGGACUGAACCACAUUCCAAGAGAAUCAGGGUAAAACUGACCGUUCAUGCUGAAGUGAUUGGAGGAGCAGUUCUCCAGCAAGUCUUCAUUGUGGAGUUCAUCAUAACUCACCAGAUGUGCGAUGAUUGCCACAGGACGGAAGCCAAAGACUACUGGCGUGCAUCAGUCCAGGUUCGUCAGAAGGCGAUCAACAAAAAGACCUUUUACUACUUAGAGCAGUUGAUACUGAAGCACAAGGCUCACGAGCAAACCCUGGGAAUCAAGCCUAUCCAUGAGGGCUUGGAUUUUUUCUAUUCCAACGAAGCCUCAGCAAGAAAAAUGGUUGACUUCUUGGUCUCUGUGCUGCCAUGUCGUUAUCAGCACUCGAAAAAACUGAUUUCUCAUGAUAUUCACAGUAAUCUUUAUAAUUACAAAUUCACGUACAGUGUCGAAAUCGUGCCAAUUUCUAAAGACAGCGUUGUUUGUCUUCCCAAGAAAUUGACACAUCAAUUAGGAGGAAUAAGCCCAAUUACUCUCGUAUACAAAACUACGAGUGCAUUACACUUGAUUGAUGUGGCUUCAGGUCAAAUCGCUGAGAUAAGUGCAACAGUUUACUGGAGACAUCCCUUCAACAGCAUCUGUAAUCCCAAACAACUUACUGAAUACAUUGUGAUGGAUAUAGAGCCCAUCAAAGAAAAUGAAAAGAAAGUAUUUCCAGGUCAAGGCGCCAUAUCACACAAGCACGUCAUAGCUGAUGUUUGGUUAGUAAAAGCUUCAGAACUUGGGGUAAAUGACAAUCCAGUUCACGCUCGUACACAUUUGGGGCACGUUUUAAAACCAGGAGACUCGGCAAUGGGAUAUGCAGUUGGAGAUAGCAAUAUCAAUGACCCGAAUUUCGAUAAAAUCUCGCAGGAUAAUAUUCCUGAUAUCAUCCUAGUGAAGAAGUACUAUGGAACUGAGAGAACUGCUCGACGAAGGGCGAGGAUGUGGAAAUUGAAACAUUUGCAUGAUGAGGUGGUCUCUAUGAGUACUGAUAACAACGACUACAAUGAAUUUUUAGAAGAUCUUGAAGAAGACCCAGAGAUGCGUCAGAAUAUCAACAUCUUCAGAGACUCUAGUAAACAAAUACCAGUCGAUUCCAACGAUUUAGAUCCGAAUUUACCGCAGGUUACACUUGAAGAAAUGUUGGAGGAUUUAGUGAUUGAAGACAGCGAAAUGGCGGAAGUUUAUGAAUAAAAUAAAUCAUGUCAACUAAAACGGUUUUACUGAAAAUAUAUUCACUGUAAUAUUUUCGCUGUAA